CUACGGGGGAACAUUGUGGUCGCUGUUGUACGCGCUAGGUAAGACGGCCAGUAUGGCGGAAGAGGAGAGUGAAGUGGAGUUAGACAGGUUAAAAGAAGAAUUAGAGAGUUUGCUGGCUGCCAGUGCACGCGACGAACAUGGACACAUAAGCAAGUCCUACUGUGCAAAGUUCUGUAAGCUGGUAGAGGAGCACACAGGGCGAUGGCAGGUGCCUCUGCCGCAGCUGCAGGUUCUCCGCUGGGCGCUCUGCUCCUUCGUGCGAGGAACCGCCUCCUUCCCCGCAGACUGUGAACACGUGCGCUACACCCUCAGUUCCCUGGCUCUGAGUGUGUUUGAGUUGCUCUUGUUUUUUGGGAAAGACGAGUUCCCUGAAGACCCUUUGAAAGGCAUUCUGGACUCCUUUCAGGAGUGCCAGGCGUGUCUGGUGCGGCAUCAGAAUGUCUACCUGCUGCAGCUGAGGCAGAUCAUCAGAGAUGGGGGCCCAUGGGCCAGUGCAGUGCUGCAGGGCAUCCUCAAGGGGGCGCCACAGGCACCAGAGGAGGUGAGCAGGUUCCUUGGCUCGGAGGCAUGUGUGUUCCUGGAGCUGCGCGUGCGCUACCUGCUGGUGUGUGAGCGCGUGGAGGAGGCCAUGGCUCUGGCCAAAGCCUGCAGUCAGCACCCCAGUGCCGGCCGACACCUGUUCUUCCUGCAGGCCUACCUCACCUGCUUGUGGAAGGCCUCGUUCCACGACUGCCUGCACACACAGAUGUCUGUGAUUGACGGUAAGGACGCGGUGGAGAUCAUCUGUGGCUGUGAGGGGGAGGAGGAUGAUGAGCUGCUACUGUCACUCAGCCGAGGCUUCCUGAGCCAGCAGCUACGCAACGGAGACAUGUUCAACCUGUGGGAUCUGGUGUUCGUGUGGAGUAAGCUGCAGCUCCGAGCCAACCCAUCUACUGAGGACUUCCUGCAGCAAUGCCAGCAGCUCAUCUUCACCGCCACCAACAUCCGCGCCGUCUUCCCCUUCAUCAAGAUCAUCCUGGCAGAGGUGGGGAAGUGUGGCCUGAGGUUCUGUGUGGAGCUGUGUGCGCGGGCACUGGAGUCGGAUCUGCAGAGUGACCUGGUCACUAAGUCGCUGCUCUACAAGACCGUGGCCUUCCUGCUGCCCUCGGACCUGGAGGUGUGUCGCGUGUGUGCGCUGCUGGUGUUCUUCCUGGAGCGCACCGUGGAGUCCUACAAGACGGUGUCGCUGCUCUACACACACCCCGACGUGGAGUACAGCGUGGACGCCAGUCCCGUGGGCAACCACGUUCGCUUCGAGGUGCUUCAGAUCCUCAAGAAGGGGCUCUACUUCGACCCCGAGUUCUGGAACCUUCUGACGCUGCGCUCGACAUGUGUGAGCCUGCUGAGUGACCCGCUGGCCAACGCCGAGCUGACGGAGAUCCUGGCCGAGGAGCCCUGGUCGGCCACCUGCUGCGUGCGCGAGCCGUGCGUCUGCCAACUCGACCCGCCGGAUGCCACUGCCGCCGCCCUGCCGCCGCGGCCUGCCAGCGAGCAGAGGAGACUGGCGGUCACCGUGCCGACGACGGGAGAGAGACCCCGGGUCCCUGGGCGUGAGGCACCCUGCAGGGUGGUGGGGGAGGGGAAGCGACGAGGGAGGAAGCCGAGCGUGAAGCUGGUGGACAGCUCGUCGUCGUCACUGCGGCGGUCCUUCCGGCAGCUGGACAUGGCACAGCAGAACCUGGCGCGGCAGGUGGGCAGCGGCACGCUGUCGCGGCAGCAGCGGGUGCUCUCGCGGCAAGCGGAGCGCCGCUGCUGGAAGCGGCGGGGGAGGAAGCCUCGCUGGCUGCUGGAGGAGGAGGCGGCGGCGCAAGCAGAGAACAGCGCACCAGGGCGGGGCCGCAGGCCGGGCAAGAAGCCGGGUCGCAGGCCGCAGACGCCCCCAGGGCAGAUGAGGACGUACGGGCGGAAUCGGAGUCUGGCGGCUCAGAUCCAGGGGCUCGGCGACGGGCUGGAUGGCGCUCCGCUCCACGGGCAGAGCCAAAUGCUGGAGCUCUCCCUGCCCGACAACGAGCUGGUGGACACAUGGACGACCGAAUCCCCAUCCUCACCUGUUCCCAGGUGUGUCCCAGAGCGCUGCGAGAAGGUCACUAGAGCAGCGGACGACACGUCACUCCUCCGACUCCUGCAGAUGUUCUCGGAGAGCGGCGUUGAAGGCUCGUUUCAGAUGCACAACCCGCUGGCCGCGGUCCGGCAGUUCCACAGCUAUGCAAAAGCUCACCAGGAACAGGGCGUGCAGCUGGACGCUGAGCCGGAGACCGAGCCGACCCUUAAGCUCGCCGAGAGGCGCGAGACCCCAGCGGCCGCCUCUGAGCCUCAGGUGGUGGAGUUGGUGGAGGUGGAGGUGGCCACGUUCUCCUCGGCUGAGCCAGGGGACACGUCUGCAUCCACACCCCUAGAUGACACUGAGAAGCUGAGCCACACAGCCGCUACUGAAGAAAUUAGACUGACAGCUGAGCCAAAGGUCACUGCAGAGGAUGGUUUAGCCUUAGACGGCGUUCGACACCACAAAGGGGACCGUGUCAGUGACGACAACCACCUGGACAGCUGUGAUGCUAUCAGGCAUCUGGCCGGCCCUGUUGCUGCGGGAAAUAGUGUGAUGGCGGCUCGGGUGGCUCCAGUCUCUGCCGACGGUGAGUCAACCCCUCCCCUUGGCGCAGUCGAGCUGCAAGCCAUCAGAGAGCCAGAAGCGGCGGUGCAGGCAGCAGAUCGGACUCCAGACGGGACGCCACAGCGGCCACCGCAGACACCACUGGCCAGGACCCCUACGAAGUCUGAGCCGUCCCACACUCACCUGCUGCAGGCUGCUGGACGCCCCUUUCCCCCUGUGCUGCACGAGAUGGCAGCUUGCGUCACUCCAGCGUCUGCCCUGGCACCAUGUGCCACUGCAGCGUCUGCCCUGGUACCUGCCACGGCUCCUGCCCCACAGCCACCACUAGAGUUGCCACCACCACCACCACUACAAAAGAUGGCUCUCUUGGCUCCGCAGCCUCUGCUCUCAGUGUCGGAGCCUAUCCCAAGAGAGGCAGCUCCACUGACCAGUGCCCAACCGACAGCCACAACACCGGAGAUUCCUGAGCUGAAGGCCUUCGCGUCUCCCACCACUCCGCAGCAAAUCAUACCUGCUCAGGCGAUGCCAGUACAACACACACCUGCUGAGAUGGACCUAGUGCAACACACACCUGCUGAGAUGGACCUAGUGCAACACACACCUGCUGAGAUGGACCUAGUGCAACACACACCUGUUGAGAUGGACCUAGUGCAACACACACCUGCUCAGACGGCGCUACAGAGAGCCGCCCCCGGGACCGUACCACCUGAAGCACCCGUGCCCGCCUCACCCUUCGUGGCUGAAUCCCCUGUGCUCGUCCAUCGCUGCCGCCUGUGUGACAAAGUCUUCAAGGGCGGCAACAUCAUGAGACACGCUUACUCCCAUUACCGGGGCAACCAGCUGCUGUCUGCAGGGAAGUGCAUGUUCUGCGACGAGCCCCCUGAGGACCCGGACGAGGCGUACGAGCACUUCUCCCGCCACGUGGCGCAGUUGCGCGCGGAGCUCCCGCCCGUGCCGGCGGAGGCCCGCGAGAACGGAACCGCUCACAGCCAGCGCCCUGCCCUCGGGACCUCGGGACAGCCGGGAAGAACCGGGAAAAAGAAGAAGAAACACGGCUGGUGGCUGAAAAGGAAACUCGUCCCGGCCGAGGCGGAGCGGGCGCCCGAGGGAGCAGACGUCACGCAGUCCAACAGCAAGCAUCACCCGCUGCGGCCCAACGGGAAGAUCAGGAGGAAGAAGAGGCGCGUGCAACAGGAGUCGGAGGAGGAGGAGGAGGAGGAGGGCUCUGUUCAGAGGGAACGGCGUCCGCUACGGCCGAGGGUGAAGGCUGGCGUUCAAGACAGACGGAGGCGAGGGAGGAGGGGGAAGCUCGUUGGAGGCCCCGCCUCCUCUGAGAGCCAGGGGAACAUCACAGAUGAGGGGGGCGUGGCAUCGCAGCCGGCAGCAGGAGACCAGCCUGUUACAGCCAAACCAACCAAACAAACUGACAAACAGACCAACAAACAGACCAACAAGCAAACCAACCAGCAAACCAACCAGCAAACCAACCAGCAAACCAACAAGCAAACCAACAAACAAACCAACAAGCAAACCAACAAACAAACCAACAAACAACCAAACAAAAUCAAACGUAAAGCACAGAAGCCCCUGGGGAAGGCUGGGGCCCCAACGGCCCUGAGCAGCCAGGCGGAGGGGCCGGAGCAGGAGGCCGGAGAGGUGAAGUCCAGCGAGAGCUCGGCCCAGGUGCCGGGGCAGGGGAGCGAUCUGCUGUGCCCGACAGAGCUGGUUGCGUGCCCGGUGGAGUGGUGCCAGCUGCGUCUGCGGAGCCGCGGUUCAAUGAUGCUGGGCCACCUGCUUCAGGAUCACCCCGCAGAGAGCGCGGCGUUCCGCUCGGCCUUCGAGGCGACGGAUGGCCGCUGCACGUACUGCUCGCGCCGCUUCCACUCGUUCCAGCACUUCCACGACCACGUAGGGCGGCACUGCCACGCCAGCCUACGCCACCCUUGCCCCCAGCAGGGCUGCCCAGAGGCCUUCCGCCGCCUGGGGGACAUGCGCGACCAUGUGAAGGAGAGGCACGCGCACGCGCUCCGCAUGCAGUGCUGCUUCGCCGGCUGUACGCACACCACGCAGACCAGCAUGGAGCUGCACCGCCAUGAGCGAAAGCACUACGUCCAGACCCCACGCCACCGACGCCCCCGGGUCAUGCCCCAGAACGGGGAGGUACGGGUCACCGCCAAAGGCAUGCCGCCGCCUCCUCUCUCGGGCACUGCCGUGCCGCCUGCUCUCUCGGACACUGCCGUGCCACCUCCUGUUCCGGGCACUGCCGUGCCACUUCCUAUCCCGGGCACUGCGGUGCCACCUCCUCUCCUGAGCACUGAGGCACCCCCACAAGACCAGGUGCCAGCUGCUACAGGUUUGGACUCGGAGCAGAAGACGGCUUCUCCUGGCCCAGUGGCAGCGGCUAACCUGAACCCUGGCGGGGAGAGAGGGGGGGGCGUGGCGUCUCUGCCGUCUGGUGCCAGUGGGGGCGGGCCUCAGGGCCUAGUGAACGGGCACAGCAGUAAGACGGCGGAUUUGAGUCUGGGCGCCAGUGCAGUUGCCAGGUCGAGGACAGAGCCGGAGGUUCCGGUUGUGUCGCCGUAUGGCCGUGUGGGCACCAAACCCUUUGUGCGCCCGCUGCCCUGCGCCUACCUGGACGAGAGGUACACCAGCAUGCCCAAGCGGCGGAAGGACGCAGCGGUGGGUGGGCGGCCGGUGGUGCAAGUGGACGAGGUGGCGAGCGAUAGCGCCAGCAGUGCCAGUGUGGCCCCCUCUCAGAGGCAGCGCUGCUCACGGUGCUUCACCUCCCUGGCCAGCGCCGACGAACUGCAAGAGCACCUCAAGAAGUGCACUGCCCUCUUUGGCUUCGACUCGGACGAGGAAGGUGGCUGGUGAAGGGGAGACCAUGGAAGCUGUGAGAUACCCGUGAAACCUGGAGGAGACGCCUGAGAGUCUCUGAGGGACCUCCAUGGGACCUCCGGGAGAGAUGAACCCUAACCCUCCCUCUGAGGGACCUCCAUGGGACCUCCCGGAGAGAUGAACCCUAACCCUCCCUCUGAGAGACCUCCAUGGGACCUCCGGGAGAGUUGAACCCUAACCCUCCCUCUGAGGGACCUCCGGGAGAGAUGAACCCUAACCCUCCCUCUGAGAGACCUCCAUGGGACCUCCGGGAGAGAUGAACCCUAACCCUCCCUCUGAGAGACCUCCAUGGGACCUCCGGGAGAGAUGAACCCUAACCCCCUCCCUCUGGGAGUCGCCUGGGAGAGAUUAUGCCCUAAUUCUGAUUCAGGGGUGGGAAGCAGAGAUUCUAGCUGACACUGAAUGACUCCAGGUCUUAUGACCCCAACCUCAUAUCGCCAGACUGAAUUAAGGAUAUGUAUGAAAGGACUGCCUCUCUCACAGUUCAGAGUGGCUGCUAGGUAGUGUUCAUCAUUGUUGCUAAUCACUACACCUAUUUUGCUGAUUUUGUUUUAAUAUAUCAAAUGUAAGUGUCUGGCCAAAGUACUUCAAGUUCAGACUGGACACAUGAAAUACAUACAACCCUGGGUAGUUCAGGGUAGAUCAACUAAAAGGAGAAAUCCAGCCGAUUUUUACAUGGAUCUUAAUCACUAGCCGUCGCCAAGUACUGUCGAUAGGAAAAAAACAACCAAAAUCUGUGCUACCGAACUGGAGUAGCUGCAGUUAAUGGCCAGUACACCAAGUGAGCUAAAAUUCUAGGUCUGGGGGCAUAAUCUAAACGUGCCUUUUUAGCCUCUAACAGACUCAAAAUGUCAUUAAAGGUCUGCAACAUGAACAGGGCCCUUACGUGACAAAACAAUAUGUUUUAAUUCAUUUAUUGUGAAGCAACCGUUUGAAUUCAAAGUUUGUACAAGUUCAUGUUGCACAGACCUUUUAAUGACAUUUUGAGUCUGUUAAGAGGCAAAAAGGCACGUUUAGAUGAUGCCCCCAAACCUAGCAUUGUAGCUCACUGUGAGUACUGGCCAUAAGCUACUCCAGUUCGGUAGCACCGAUUUUGGUUGUUUUUAUUCCUAUCGAUAGUACUUUGCGACGUCUAGCGAUCAAGAUCUAUGUAAAAAUUUCUCCUUUAACAUUUAUUCCUGCAUCAGAAACAUUUUUUUUAGUGGCCAGCCUCUCUUACCAAAUGUACCCCAGCCAGAGCCCUUGUUCCUGUACUUGGUGGAAAGGCUCUAAUGACCGCUCUGGGUAGAGUCUUCCUGGACCUUAGUGCCCGCUCCUGGUGCAGUCGUCCAUGAUGCCUUGAAACAUGAUUGUGAGAAGGGAGCCGUAGUAAAGCCUGCACCCUCCCUGGCACUGGACCAGUGCCGUCUGUGCUGGAAGUGGAAGAGCUCCAUAGAGGACAAAUUUGCACUGAUGAUGUUUUUUUUUUUUUUGUCAUUUUACCGUGUUUUUGUUUUUUUAACACUCAUCCGACUGUAGUCUGCCCCCCCACACACACACUGUUUCUAAACACUGUACAGACACACACACUCGCCUACUCUAAGUCUACCCCCCCAGUCACACACAACCACUUGAUAAUUUUAUGAAUAAUUGAUUUGUGAAUGUUUGCACCUCCCAAGUACCCACCUAUUAGCUAAGUUGUUUUACUCGUCAGUUUUAUCACAUUAUCAGAAUGAUUAUUAUUUCAGUUACAGUUACAAUUCUCUGGUGCUCAUGUCUUUAGAGUUAUGACUGUGAGUGUGUGUUGGGGAGGGGGGCAGUGUCAUGGACUCCGCAUCAGAAGCUGGUUCAGAGGUUUUUAGCAACACUCUUGAAAAGGACUAGCCUUCAGUUAUGUGCCGUUUUCUUUGUACAGUCUCUGAAAAUGUUGGUCAGCGACUAGCCUUGUUGUAUAGGUCCUUUGUAAAGGAAAUUAAGUUUAAAAAGAGCUGUAAAGAUGUUUGAUCCAAUAAUAACAGCUUUAUUUAAUUUAUUCAUAUUCUUUUUUAUUCUUAACUAUGUAAAAUAAAUGGAGAGUUUGUAUGGCGUAUGAUUGGAGGGGAGGGUUUAUAUAAGACAUUUUUGUCUAAAUAAUAAAGCUCAUAUUUGGAAAUAUA